AUGAGGCGGCGGCGCGGGGGCGGCGCGGCCCCGGCCGAGGCCUGCGGGGUGUGGCUGGACACGGCGGAGCUGAAGCGGGGCCGGGCGCGGCCCCUCACGCUCCGAGCACCCAGAGCUGCGGGGAGGAAGCAGAGCCUGGGGCUGCUCCCACAGCCCGGCAGCAGCGGGGACAGCACCAGCCCCAGGCACAGCAUCAACCCCGGGCACAGCUGCAGCUCCUGGCAGAGCUCCAUCCUCAGCUUCUUCAGCCCCCAGCCAGAUGACAAAGAGAACAUCAGGCCUGCUGCUCCCUGUGAGGAACCCCUGGUGAAGAUCCUGCCCCUGCCCCAGCUGGAAGGAGCCCGGGAGGAGCUGCAGGGCCCAGCCCGGGCAGCACAAACAGCCCCGGAGCUCAGGGUGGGCUCCCAGGGGCUCAGCAGAGCCUCCCCCGGGGCCAGGGGGCGUUCCUGGGGCCGGGACAGGGACAAACCCUGGGUGUCCCCUGCAGGAACGGCCCCAGGGGCCAGGACAGCGCUGCCCUGCCCCAGAGCCGGGGCUGGGGGCACAAACCCGGCCCCGGGGGCUGCUCCCAGCCGGGUCUGCUGCUCCCCGCAGAGCCCGGGGCCAGCUCAGCCCCUGCGGGAGCGGGGCCAGCUCCGGGCGGGGCCCUGCAGGGAGAGCCAGGGCAGGGACAGGGACAGGGACAGCCCCAACAGGGACAGGGACAGCCCCUGCAGGGACAGGGCCAGCCCCAACAGGGAGAGCCAGGGCAGGGACAGGGACAGGGCCAGCCCCUGCAGGGACAGGGACAGCCCCAGGUUCCCCCUCAGGGCCACCCCCAGCCCCCCGGAGCCCCCCGAGCUGGGCUCUGAGCCCCUGUUCACGCAGGACUCCGAAGGGAACAGGGUCAUCAAGCACUGGUGAGAGCCCAGCCCGGCCCUGCGGGGCUCACAGAGGGGAGGGAACCCCCCGGUGCAGCCCCCAGCUCCUGUUUGUUCUCUGAGCUCCUCUUUGUUCUCAUGGAUGCUGCUUUAAUCCAAAUAAAAGUUGCAGUUUGUUUCU